AUGGCCUCGACAACGCCCAAGUUGAUCUCCGACAAGAACGAGAUGCGGAACUGGUCUCGCUCCAUGCGGGCCCAAGGCAAGCUAAUUGGGUUCGUCCCCACAAUGGGCUUCCUUCACAUGGGCCACCUCUCUCUCGUCUCCCAAGCCCGCUCCCUCUGCGACGUCGUCGCCGUCUCCAUCUACGUCAACCCGGGCCAGUUCGCGCCCUCCGAGGACCUCUCCACCUACCCCUCCGACUUCCACGGUGACCUCCGCAAACUCGCCUCGCUGCCCGGAGGCGUCGACGUCGUCUUCCAUCCCCACAAUCUGUACGAUUAUGGAAAUAAUAGUGGUGACGCGGUGGUUGAGGAGGGUGGCGCGGCGGCGUCUUGCCUUGAAAGUCUUGGGUUGGGGCACGAGAGUUGGGUGAGGGUCGAAAAGCUUGAAGUAGGGCUGUGUGGGAAGAGUAGGCCCCAUUUCUUCAGAGGGGUGGCUACCGUUGUGACCAAGUUGUUUAAUAUAGUGGAACCGGAUGUGGCUGUGUUCGGGAAAAAGGAUUAUCAACAGUGGAGAGUUAUUCAGAGGAUGGUUCGUGAUCUUGAUUUUUCCAUAAAAGUGAUCGGUGCUGAAAUAGCACGUGAGAAUGAUGGCCUGGCAAUGAGUUCACGUAAUGUGCGCCUUUCUCCUGAAGAGAGGGAAAAGGCAUUAUCAAUAAAUAAAUCAUUGUUAAAAGCUAAAUCAGCAGCAGAAGAUGGCCAAGUGCAUUGUGACAAGUUGAAGAAUUUGGUCAUCCAGUGUAUUACUGAUGCCGGAGGAAGGAUUGAUUAUGCUGAGAUUGUUGAUCAAAAUAAUUUGCGGCCAGUGGAACAGAUCAAGGGUCCAGUUGUCUUCUGUAUCGCUGCAUGGUUUGGGAAAGUCAGGCUUAUAGACAACAUGGAAAUCAACUUGUCCAUGGAUGAUUAG